AUGACGGUGGCUCCAGCCUACGACUCGGUAUCCGCCAUCCUCUCCCCCCCGAGCAAUGCCGACACACUCGAGUCCUUCGUGCCCCAAGAUGAAGACGCCAAGGCCAAGGAGGACUAUAUAAAUUCGCACCCGCUUGCGCUCUCCCUACGAGCAGACCCCGACCUCAUAGAGUCUCGCCCGUCCGAGAAAAUCCCCGCGUCAUGGCGCAAGCACAACCUGCUGUCCGGUUCCCUUGCCGGACCCGGUAAGAUAGCCGUUCCACCAUUUAGUUGGACGGAGCGGGAGGGCAAGAGCUACGUGCAGAUCACGCACGUCGGGACGGAUUUGUGCGGCCACAUGGGCAUAGUCCACGGGGGCUUCUUGGCCGCCAUGCUCGAUGAAGGGCUCGCAAGGUGCUGCUUCCCGGCCCUGCCCUACAACGUAGGCAUGACGGCAAAGCUGGAGAUCAACUACAAGGCGCCCGCCAUGGCCGAUCAGUACCUGGUACUCCGGGGUACCACCGUCAAGGUGGAGGGCAGAAAGGCCUGGGUCGAGGGCCAUAUCGAGACCCUGCCGGCGGAAGAGGGCCAAGAACCGACCAUUUUGGCGACGGCCAGUGCGCUCUACAUCUCACCUAAACAAGCACCAGUAUGUACCCCAGAAUCCCUCUUCCGGCCACUCCCUCGAGGGCUCGAUCAGAGUUGUUUCGCUAACUGGGAUGCGCCCGCAGUUGAUGGCUAA